AUGGAUCAACAUAAAGAUUUUUUCUUUACCAAGCAAUUUGACAAUUGGGUGGAUUUUGAAAUAGAAUUUAAAAGCUGGCGUAAUGAUUACUAUCAACCGGUGAACGUUAAACGUCACUCAAUUAAAUAUAAUGAAAAAACAAUGAAAGAAUUAUUUGAUCGUUUUCGGUAUUCAAGUAUAAAAUAUGUAUGUCAUCAUGGCGGUCCUAUUAGAAGAAAUACAAAGAAUGGAUCACGACCGAAUCAAGAAUCUGCUCGCAUUGAUUGUGAAUUCUAUUUUAAAAUAAAACAUGAUACCGAACUAAAUAAAAUUGUUUUUAUGAAGAACAAAAAUUUAACUCAUAAUCAUUCGAUAGGAAAAUUAAUUUACAAGAAUUAUUCUUUUAUAAGAAAUAAAGAAUUGCAAGAAAAUGAAGCAGCAUAUGAUUUAUGUAAAAUGCUUAUUACUGCCAAUACUUCAACAUAUAAUAAUCGUAAGUUAAUACAUGAAAAAUUCGACAUUAAUUUAACACGAAAAGAUGUUAAUAAUAUUAAAAAUAAGCUAAAAUUUAACUUAAUUGGAAAUCAAAGUGAUUCAGAAUUGUUACAUACAUGGAUCGAUAAUAUUUUAAAUCAAAAUUCAGAUAAUUCAAUAAAAAUAAAAAUUAAUGAAAAUGGUACUUUAGAAUGUUUAUAUGUUCAGACUAUGACAAUGAAAACAUGGUUUAAUAAAUAUUCUAAUAUCUUACAUUUAGAUUCAACAUUUAAAAUAAAUAUAGAGAACUAUCAAUUAUACAUUUGCUUAGUUCAAAAUGCUGGUUUAAAAGGUGUACCGGUUGCCUAUUGCUUAAUCACAACUGGAAAUAAAGAUAAUCUACAUUUUUUUUAUUCAGCUAUUUGUGAAGAUAAUGAUAUAACACAAACGCAAGUGAUUAUGGUUGAUAAAGAUUUAACUAAUCUAGAUAUUUUACAGGAACAUUUUCCUCAAGCUCGAAUAUUAUUAUGCAUUUUUCAUGUUCUUAAGUAUCUCAAAAUUCGAGUGCAUGAACUUAAAAUUUCAUUAACUAAUAGAAUGAAUAUUAUGAAAAACAUUCGCAAAUUACUUUAUGAUAAUAAUAUGUCAGCGAUAUAUUUAAAAGAAAUCGAAAUUAAUUCAGAAGAAACAGGUUUUUACAAUUAUUUUGAAGUGAAUUGGCUUACUUGUUGUGAAAUGUGGCAAACAAAAUUCCGUAAAAAUCUUUUUAAUUUUAAUACAGAUACGAACAAUCAUCUCGAACGAUUUAAUCGUACACUUAAAGAUCGUAUCUCACCUCAUAUGCAUAUAUCUGAAUGUGUUAAAAAAUUAAUUAUAGCAGUUGAAGAUGCUAAAGCAGAAGAAAUUCAUAUUGAUAUUAAUUUAAAGAGAAAGAUUUAUAAUUCUGAUGAUUCGAUAUUGCUUAAAAGAUUUGGUGAUCAAAUUACAAACAGAGCUAUUGAAUUGUUGCGUAAACAAAAUGAAGAAUUAAAACAUAAAUCUUAUUUUAUUGAAGAAAUUGAAGAAAACAAGUGGAAAAUCGGUCAAAAAGAUGAAGAAAAGAAUAAUUUUAUUACUUCAAGUAUAAUUAAUCGAAGUUCGUCCAUUGAUUUAUUAUGUUGUGAUAGCCAAUUUGUUUUACAAAACCAAUUACCAUGUCGUCAUAUAAUAGUAUUAUUUGACCGACUUAAUGAUGAAAUGUAUGAAGAUGAAAAUGAAAUUCAAGAUAUUAUAUCGAUUAAUAAACGUUGGUUAAAAAAUCCAGUUGAUUUUUACUUAAAUGAAACCGUAGAACCUGAUUCUUUACGAAGUCGUGAUUCACAAUUUAUGAUAACCCAAACUGUUGCUGACAAAAAUAAAAUUUUAAGUAGUAAUGAUAAAUAUAAUAUGGUCAAGCCAUGUUUAGAUUUAUUAACAGCUCGUAUUAUUCAAUGGGGAACAAAGGAAUUCAAUGAGCAUUUAAAAUUUCUCAAUGUUGUUUUAGAUUUAGUUAAUACAAACAAACACAAUGAUUUAUAUAAUUAUGUAAAUUCUUUAACAUACAACUGUUCUAAACAGGUAAGUCGAGAAAUAAAACAAGACAUAUUUGUAGAUUUACCUGAUGAUGUAAAACAUGAACCAACAACAGAAUAUAUUAAAUUUGAUUUUAAAAAAGAAGUUCAACAAGAAUGUCAAAUGGAAUUUCUUCGUCAAGAAAAAGUGCAACAAGAUUAUGAAGUAUUUUGUUUUGAAGAACAUGAAAAAGAAUUAGUUACAACAGAAUUAGAAUUAGAAUCUGAAUUAACACCGAAAUUACAACCACAAUUAGAAUCUCAUUUAGAAUUACAAUUACAACCUGAAUUAGAAUCACAAUUACAACCUGAAUUACAAACACAAUUACAACCAGAAGCAAAUGAAGAACCUGGUUGUAUUUUAUCCAAAGAAAAUAUGAUAUUUAGUUAUUCACCAGUAGUUAAUCCGCCAGGCAGGCCACGUGGCAAAGCAUCAUUGGUGUCUUAUAAGCAAAAGUGCAAGAAAAACAAUGAUGAUAAAAUUAAUAAAAAACGAACUUAUAAACAAUUUUCACCUGACCUUAAAACUUAUAAUUAUAAACGUAACAAAAAAGUUGAUUCUGUUCGUGAUGUUAUCCAAAAGUCCACGUGGUUAACAGAUUUUCAUAUAUAUUUAUUUUUUGAAUUGCUGCAUGAACAGUUUCCAGAUGUUAAUGGUUUAUGUGGCCCUGCACAAAUAAAACUAUAUACUGGUCCCAUUAACAAUUCUAUUUUUAUCUUUAAUGCGAACAAAAAUCAUUGGUUAACGAUCUCAAAUUUAAGUUCCAAUAACACUUGGAAAGUGUAUGAUUCAUUAAGUUAUCCAAAAGAAACAAUUAUUGAUUUUUUCAAAAUGAUCUUACCUAAUGAAGAAAAAGCUUUAGUUUCUUUUGAAAACGUUCAACAGCAAAUUGGCGGAAAUGACUGCGGCUUAUUUGCAUUAGCAUUUGCAACUUCUCUUUGUCAUGGUACUUCUCCAUCAAUGUUAUUUUAUAAUCAAUCAUUAUUACGUGAACAUUAUGUACAAUGUAUUGAGAAUAAUAAAAUUGAACCAUUUCCCUCAAAACCAAAGAGAGGCAGCAAUAGAAAUAUUUCUAAAAUUGUUGAUAUUUAUUUGAAUUGA